AUGUAUUCAACAACAUUUAAUUAUGCUAUGAAAAAAAAAGAUUUUGAACUUGUUGGUACAUCUGAAAAUCAAGCCAAAUUCAGAUUAGGUAGUCAAACAAUUGUUGUUAAUUUUGGCGAACAUGAUGGACGUUUUAUUGCCGAUAUGAAAUUUAAUAAUAAGACCAAUGAAGUAAUUGAAAUUAACAUGACCGAUUAUUUAAAUAAAGAUAAACAUGAAGAAAAAGAUUCAAAAAAAAAACUAAAACGUAUUGUGCAUUUGAAUUCAUUAGUUAGCCAUUUAAAUACCAAAAUCGACAACGUUCUGAAGAAAUAA